CAGGUUGCGCAGCACAACCGAGGAAGAUGUCUUCGCAAGCUCCCAGCUCAAGCCAGCAUGCGAGGCUGGCUGUUCCUGCGCAGCCUAUGCGCAAAGACUCGCCCUUAAAUGGCCUCUUCAAUUUCCUGGGUAAUCGUCUUCAGCCAUUGCCUGUUGCCCCUGCUGUGCCACCUGCACAACACUUUCACAUAUACGACAAUAGCUACAAUGCGGCGAGCAACCCACAUACACCCGCGUUUGCUUCGCAAGUUGCACCGGGCUCUCAGCCUAUGACAAGCCAAGUACAUUAUUCACAACCUGCGCAUCCGUAUUCGUACCAUCACGAACAGCCUCCCAGCAGUCAGCUUGUUCCACCACCUCCACACUUAUAUGCUACACAGACAGAUUGGUCACUUCAGCAUGCCCAUCGGCCUGCGGUUGUUGAAGAACCGGAGGUUGAGCCAGAACCGCAAAAUGAGAAAGCUGUUAAGAAAGGUAAGCGGCAGCUUAAGGGGAAAGCCGCACGACCACGACCUGCAGAUCCAUCAGAAAAUGUGGACCGUGGCUCCGAAGAUAGCGAUCGGGAGGGUAAGAAUACACAAGAAAUUCUCAAGCGCGUGCAAAGCCUUGAGAAAAUGAUCAAAGGCUUGCAGGCAGACCACAAAAAAGACUUGACGGAUCGGCUGGCUGGUGUGAGAAAUGCUUUGCAAACGCAUGCGGAGGUAAAGAUGGAAGAAGUUAUCGCAACCGUCCGUGAAGGUCAGAAGAAGGAUGAAAGCAUCGGCGGGACACUUAGACGUAUUAUUACCAAAGUUGACGACUGUGAGCGGCACAUGGACAACUUCAAGAAGUCCUUCAACCCCAGAAAGGUGGUUCCCACCAUGCAAGAGCUGAGAUGUGAGAUGCAGGGUCAAAACAAGAAUCUGCAAGAGGUGAACAGACACGUUGGCACCGACGGCCACCUUGCUACUGUGAUUCAAGGCAUCUGUAACCGGCUCGAAGCCAUUCAGAUGAAUCAAGAAGAUCUUCGUAAAACGGUUGAGGAGUCAAUCGUGCACUUGUUGCAAGGAUCCGGAGCGAAACAGUUCACAUCAGGAAGGCCAGCUCAAAAUCACCACGAAAAAAAUGCAGACCGUGAUGAACAGCAACUUGCCAUGCGCAAGGCUCAGUGGGUGCGCCUAGCAACACCACCUAAUGUUAGCAGUCCCUCGCCAUUCGACUUUUCUCAGUAUACCCAGCCGAAUGAACUGCAAAUCGCUAGUGACAAUCAAGUGCCGCCGACACAUGCAGUAGCAGCGCCGACAAGUCCAAACUAUUUGCCAAGCUCUCCGACGCCGCCCUCUGCCCAACGGAACGGCGCGUUGCGCCCGCUGCUGAAUGUCCGUUUGGUGCACCACUCGCCAUCGACCCUUCCAGCUGUCGCCUCUACGAAUUGGAAGCGGAAGAGAGUCGGGCAAUGGCAGGGUGCUGCAUCAGCAAAAAAACAGAAGAGGAGCUUACCGCUCGGAGACAGCAGCGAGUUGGGCUCGGCGGAUGAGAGCGAGACGCUGCCAGAGGAUUAAGGAGCUUACAAUGGUCGCGUGGUCGAAAACACGCGGCCGGCGGCCCCAGUAGCGAUGGUGGUGAUCAGACAAAUUGAUAGACGCACGAAUUAAUGGUCACGGUCAAUUGGCUCAGGC